AUGGUGGCUCAACCACAGGUAAUCAUUAAUCUUAAAGAGAACAAAAGGGCAAAUAUCGAUACUCAUACAUAUAAUGGAGAUCCCCUCACUAGUGGCAAACUCAUUGAGGUUACAAGAUCUUCCUUUCCUUCUGGGUCUACACAAGACUUCUACAAGUAUACUCAUACUCUGCAGACAGGAGGAGAAUUCAAGCUACUAGCAAUUCUAGAUGGCGGUAAAUAUAUUCAAGGAGUUCCUUUGAACAAUACUGUCUUGUCAGUUUCCGCCUAUUACUGGAGGCAUGACAGUGGUAGAAAGUCUGCCAAGACACUCUUGAUAGGAGUCACUACCAAGAAUGGAACUAGGUAUUAUAAGAAUAGCGGUAACUAUCAAUGGCAUCUUGCUUCUACGUCUCAACUCUCUGAUAAAACUCUAGAGGAGAAGCUAGAUGAACUAGUUUGUCAACAUCACAAUGCAGUUACCUUGAAUAUAACCUUUCAUAAUUCUAAGGCUCAUAGGAAUGGAAGCUACUGCUGUUACAAACAUGAACAUGAAAAGCGGAAUCAAGGGAAGGUUACUGUUACUGUUGAGAAAGUUUCUUGCACAUCCCACAUCUCAAGUUCUCUUACAUACUACAAGCAUGAAGCUAAUGCUGGUAAAUGGAGAGUAGCUGCUAUCUACUACUAUGAUGGUGGUAGAAGAAGGAGAAUGAAUAUUGAUAGUCUUACAUUACCUACAAAACAGUCAGGAAAAGUUACGGUUUAUGCAUUAUACUAUGGCACCAAUCAGAAUCCAGUACUCAUUUACGUGGAUUCUACCGGACAACCUAAUGUUACAGGAUGGUAUAAAAAAGGUACAAAUGGUAGUAGAGGUAAUGAUGAAGAAUGGACAGAAGUAAAGGAUCUCAAAGAUAAAGCACCUGAUAAGUUAACCAAUCCUACAGGCUGCAAUAAUGAGAACUUUAAACAACUUGUAAAAACUUUAAGAGAACUUGGAUGUCUAGGCUUGGAAGCAUGCGCUCUUGAACAGAAUAGAGUUCAACGUGAAGAAGUCCCAGCUGCUGACUUAUCUGACCAGGUUCCUGAUACAGAGUCUGAGACUAAGAUUCUUCUAGAAGGUGGUCCUAUGGCAUCUGGUGAAGAUGACGAGGAUGGGGAGGAAGAAACUGAAGGUGAAGCUAGUGAAGAUGGUGGUGAAUCUGCUGAAGAAUCUCCUGUUGAAGCUCUUGCUCUUCAAAUUCAACAAGCUUUUGGUUUGGAUGAUUUAGAUACAAUUUUUGCAGUAAUCUGUGGAGGUUUCAUUGGAGUUGGUUUGACAUCUGCUACAACCUAUAUUACAGUAUGGAAACUCUAUAAGUUUUGUAAGAGUCUACGAAAAGAUCCUUGGGUUAGACAGAUUUAG